CCCACAAUGGUCGUCGUCGUCGAAGAAGUCCGUGACGAAGCCGCCGAGCACAUCGCCCCCCAGGAGAACGAAUCCGACUACGAGACCGAAUCCGAAACCGACUCCAUCUUUUCAGACGAUGAUGACUUCAACCCCACCGACGAGACCUUCUACGAGCGUGUCACUGCGCUUAAGGAUAUCGUCCCCCCAGAGACUCGAGUGAGCCUCUACAAGCAGUACCGGUCAACAGCCGAGUGGGCUUGGUGGAGCGUUCAGAGUGCGGGCACCCUUGCUUGGUGGGUCAGCACCAGCGCCCUCUUGGUGGGCUUGCCUUUGGCGCUCGCCAUCGAGGACGAGGCUCGUGUCGUCGCUCAGGAGAAGGAAAUGCAGAUGCAGAGUGCUGGCCAGCAACAGCUCCUCGGCUCUUCUCAGCAAGGCGGACAGCCCCAAGGCGUGCUUCCCCCUGGAUUCUAAGAGAUGAAAGAGAGACAAAGAAGCAAACAGAUAGGCGGGUUGAGCAGAUCGUACCUCGAUGAUGUCGGACGAUGGAGGAGACUACAGUGGGAGUAUCGAGUGUAUAGUACAGCACUUUAAAUGUAUUAUCACCCCUCAUGCUGCCAGGCUGAAGA